AAUUAAAGUUUGCAGUUCGCUGUAGUUCAACGCAGAUGUUGGACAAUAAUUCUUGUGCGCAAACCAAUAUUUUAACCAGUAAAGAAAUGGCGAAUAACAGCCCGACCCGCGGCUCUGUCAUGCUGCUGACGCUGGUUUUGCUGCUACUGAGUAGAAAAAUCGGUUUGGUAGAUGGGCACAAAGUUACGGCUACGUCAAUUUCCAAUCACAAUUACCCGGUAGAAGAGCAUACAGUCAUCACCCAUGAUGACUACAUCCUUACUAUUUACCGCAUCCCAUCAUCCCCAAACCGAAGUCAUCUAAAUAGAGCUGGGCGAAGGGCUGUAGUGUUUUUGCAACAUGGCAUCCUGAGUGCUUCCGACGACUGGAUUAUAAACGGACCAGAGGCGUCUCUGGCCUACAUGCUUGCAGACGCCGGCUACGAUGUCUGGCUGGGCAAUGCACGUGGCAACACGUACUCACGGCAGCACAAGCAUAUCCAUCCGGACACGUCCGACUUUUGGCGUUUCAGCUGGCACGAGAUAGGUGUCUAUGACCUCGCAGCCAUGCUAGACUAUGCGCUGGCGAAGAGUCAGUCCAGCUCUUUGCAUUUUGUUGCACACUCGCAGGGUACCACGGCGUUCUUUGUACUUAUGUCUUCUCUGCCUUUGUACAACGAAAAGUUGCGUUCCGUGCACCUAUUGGCGCCCAUAGCUUACAUGCGUGACCACUCUUUUAUUCUGUCCAAGCUGGGUGGCAUUUUUCUGGGAACGCCGUCCUUUCUUAGCUGGGUAUUAGGAAGUAUGGAGCUGCUACCUAUUACUAAUUUACAGAAACUGAUAUGUGAGCACAUCUGUUCCAGUAGCUCCAUGUUUAACUUUCUGUGCUCUGGUCUGCUGGACUUCAUCGGAGGGUGGGGAACACGACACUUGAACCAGACUCUGUUGCCGGACGUUUGUGCAACACACCCAGCAGGGGCAUCUUCGAGCCAAGUAAUCCACUACCUCCAGCUUUACAGGUCAGGCGACUUCCGACAGUAUGAUCAUGGACCGGAGCUAAACGAAAUCAUUUACCAGCAGCCAACGCCUCCAUCUUACAACGUUCAAUACAUUAAGAGCUGUGUGGAUAUGUACUACAGCGAAAAUGACUAUAUGUCCGCUGUUGGGGAUGUGAAGUAUCUGGCCUCACUCCUACCAUGCGCCCAACUAUACCGUAUUCCAUUCAGAGACUGGAACCAUUACGAUUUUUUGUGGUCCAACAAUGUAAAGGAGGUUAUUAAUAAUAAGAUAAUUCAGAAGAUUCGUAAAUACGAUGAAGAUGGUGUAGGUUUCUAGUAUCUUACGAAUUGUUUGAUAUGUAUAUGAAUUACGUUUUAAAGGAAACCCAUUUUAUUUUCAUAUGU